AUAAUCCGGCCUUAAAUCCGUACCCGAUCCAUAGGCUUCACAGGAGUCAGGACUCGGAAAAGAAGAAAGGAGGAUUUUCCUAAACAAUAUUGCGUUGUAUCACUCAAGAUUUUGCGAAUUGCUAUUAACGAUAAAUGAUUCUUCAAGAAAUGCAGAAAGCUAUAGGUGCUUACAGGGAAGUGCUGAGGUUGGUGAGACGACUACCGAAGGACUCGAGGCCUUACUACGCAAAAUACGCCAGAGAAAACUUCGUCAACUACAGAGAAAUCGACUCAAAUGAUCCAAAUGCUCUCCAAGAACUCCUUCAACGAACUUACAACCAUUCCCUCUGGGUCCUCAAGAAGUAUUCGGUGGACCAAUCUGCGGCGGAUCGCUUGAAAAAUAUAUGCUCUCACUGAUGGUUCGUCUUGUCUACCAACUGUUUGUUACUAUUUCGCAAAGAGAUUUAUUCCUUUGUUGCUCUUUCUUUCUUCCUUGUACUUUGAAUUGGGAUAUUCUGCAAUAGACACUUAGUACAGUUUCUGAUA